GAAAGUGCCGGGAGACUCUUCUACCUCUCCAGCCUGGCUCUGGGUGUGAUCAGUUGUUCCACUCCAUGGCCAAUUCCAACCAGGCAUGGAUCCCCAAACUCUUCAAGAAGAAAGUCUGCACGACAUUUAUCGAGCAACCCAGUGAACUGGGCGCCCCCUGCCUGUGCCAGUGUGGGAGCCCUCGUAGCAGCCACGUUGCUGUGGCCACAGAAGACGCCUUUGGAGCAGCCAUUGUCAGCAAAUGGAACUCAGCCCAGCAUACAACAGAGGGCCCCACCGAUGCCUAUGGCGAGAUGGAGUUUGUGGGCAUGGGCCGCAGGCCCAGCAAGUUCAUUCGCCUGUCGGACACAUCCGACCCCGCGUCCGCCUACCGCUUGGUAAUGCACCAUUGGAAUAUCCCGGAGCCCAACCUGGUGGUGUCAGUGGUAGGGGGUGAAGGAGAGGUGCGUGUGAGGGCCUGGCUGAAGGAUGUGCUACGAAAAGGGCUGGUCAAAGCUGCUCAGAGCACAGGUGCCUGGAUUAUGACUGGUGGCCUACAAGCUGGCGUGGGGCGCCAUGUUGGCGAAGCCGUGCGGGACCACACCACAGCCAGUACCAACCCCAGCACUCAUGUGGUGGCUAUGGGCAUUGCUCCGUGGGGCAUUGUGGAGCAGCGCCACUGUCUUGUGAACCCCAAGGGUUCGUUCCCGGCACGUUAUCCUCGGACAGUCCCUGUUAGCCCUUUCUGCCCUUUAGAUGCCAACCACUCUGCCUUCUUCUUGGUGGAUGACGGGACGCAGGGCAGGGCAGGCGGUGAGGCCUCCUUUCGUGCCCGCCUGGAACGCCACAUUGCCCAGCAGAAAGUGGGAGCUGGUGGUCUCGGGAGCAUUGAGAUUCCUGUGUUGGUGAUGCUCAUCGGUGGGGACUCAGCUAUGUUCAAGCGCGUAUCUGAAGCUGUCCAGGCCUCUAUCCCCUGCCUGCUCUUGGCAGGAACUGGGGGAGCAGCUGACUGCUUGGCUGAGUUGCUCGAAGAGACGCAACCGGGAGAAUCCCUGAAGGCGCUGGCGACGAAGAAGCUGCAAGGAAAGUUCCCUGACAACGAACUGGAGGAUUUGGCAGAGGAGGUGGAGCGUAUUGGAGCUCUGAGGGAACUGGUGACUGUCUAUUCAGACCAUGAGGGUCUGGAGGAAUUUGAGACUAUCCUGCUCAAAGCCCUGGUGAAAGCCUGCAGGCGUUCAAGAGAGGCCAGCUGCUACCUGGAUGAGCUGCGUCUAGCUGUGGCCUGGAACCGCGUGGACAUCGCCAGCACUGAGCUGUUCCGUGGGGACAUUCUCUGGGAGCCCAGCCUGUUGGUGGAACCGAUGCGCGACGCCUUGCUAGGGAACCGCCCUGCCUUAGUGCGCCUCUUUGUGGAGAACGGCUUGGAUGUCGGGCAGUUCCUGACCUGGAAAGAGCUAGAGCGCCUGUACACGGGGGCCCCCGAGGUCUCGCUCCUGCGCCAGAUUUUGCAGCGGCGCCAGGUGGCCAACCCUGAGCCCUCUCCACCUCCUGAAUGCCUGCUGCUGGAGAGGCCUCCGCCCGAUUUCCAUCUGUGCCAGGUGGCCCACCUCCUGCAAGAGCUGAUGGGGGAUGUCUGCGCUCCCUUUUAUGCCAGGCUGCACCCAGCUGGACACAAAGGGCCAGGGACCAAGGGAUUGUUACCCAAUGGAGAUCAAACAUACCUCACCGAACUUUCACCAAACCCUUGGACCGAUCUGUUUAUAUGGGCUGUAUUGCUGAACCGUAGAGAAAUGGCCAUGUAUUUCUGGGAAAUGGCGCCUGAUGCGGUGGCUGGGGCAUUGGUGGCAGCACGGAUGCUUCGAGAGCUUUCACACCAGGAGACGGAGGCGGAGGAAGAGGCGGCCAUGAAAGACCUGGCGAUGCAGUUUGAGCAUCUAGCCAUAGGCGUAUUUGGUGAAUGUUACCGUAAUAGCGAGCCCCGGGCCUACAAGCUGCUGGUCCGCCGGUCCCAGCUCUGGGGCGGAGCCACCGUCCUCCAGCUGGCACACCAGGCCGAUGCCCGCCUUUUUUUUGCUCACGAUGGUGUGCAGUCCCUGCUCACCCAGAAUUGGUGGGGAGAGAUGGACCGAAGCACUCCUGUCUGGCAGCUCCUCCUUACUUUCUUCUGUCCCCCUCUCAUCUUCACCAACCUCAUCAAGUUCAGGGCCAUGGAUGACGACCUCCGGCUCGAUCCCUCAGGCCCAAUUGAGCUGGACAGCCUUGACACAGAUGUGAAAAGUACCAUCGGCGGCAUGUUGUCUGAAAAUUUGGAAGCUCCCUCUCCGCCAUCUCCUCGCCGGUUCUGGUUACGACGGUGGCAUCAGUUCUGGGUGGCCCCCGUGACUGCCUUCCUGGGCAAUGUGGUGAUGUACCUGCUCUUCCUCUUCCUCUUCUCCUACGUCUUGCUUCUGGAUUUCGACCCCCCACCUCCCGAAGGCCCGUCCGGUUCAGAAAUCGCUUUGUACUUCUGGGUCUUCACGCUGGUCUGUGAGGAGGUGCGCCAGGGCUGCUUCGUGGGCUCCCAUCCACUGCUGCAGCGGGUACGCCGCUAUUUCCAGGACACCUGGAACCAGCUUGAUAUCACAGCUCUGCUGCUCUUCAUGUUUGGCCUGGUGUGCAGGCUGUUCAAACGGUCGUAUGAAUCCGGACGCACCAUUCUUUGCCUGGACUUCAUGAUUUUCACCCUUCGUCUCAUCCACAUCUUUGCAGUCAACAAACAGCUGGGUCCCAAGAUGAUUAUCGUUGGCAGGAUGAUGAAGGACGUCUUCCUCUUUCUCUUCUUCCUCGGGGUAUGGCUGGUGGCCUACGGGGUCACCACAGAGGGGCUGCUUGUCCCCCACGACCGACGUCUCCCCUGGAUCUUCCGCCGUGUCUUCUACCGGCCGUACUUGCAAAUCUUCGGACAGAUCCCGCUCGACGAGAUUGACGCUGCCCUGAUCAAAGCAUCGAACUGCACCUACGACCCUGUGGCCAUCUUGAUGGAGGACGCCAAACCCUGCACCAACACCUAUGCCAACUGGCUGGUGCUCGUUCUCCUGGUGAUCUUCCUGCUCGUAGCCAACAUUCUGCUCCUCAACUUGCUCAUCGCCAUGUUCAGUUACACAUUCUCCAAAGUGCAAGGCAACAGUGACAUCUAUUGGAAAUCCCAGCGCUACAACCUAAUCCUGGAGUAUCACAGCCGCCCAGCCCUGGCUCCACCUUUCAUCCUGAUCAGCCACCUGCACCUUGUCUUCAAGCGCCACGUACGCAAGGUUCAGUCGGCCAAAGGGCGCCACUUCUUGCUGGAACUCUCUGCAGCCCAAGAUGGACGUCUGCUCACAUGGGAAUCGGUGCAGAAAGAGAACUUCUUAGUCGCUCAGUCCCGUCAGAAACGUGAGAGAGACACGGAGAGGCUCCGGCGAACCUCCCAAAAAGUUGACCAGGUUUUGAAGCACCUUUCUGAUAUCAAGGAAUCGGAGCGGCGCCUGAGGACCCUCGAGACGCAGAUGGAGUACUGCACCAAGGCCUUGUCUUGGAUGGUUGAUGUCUUGGCCCAGAGUGACAUAGCCAAAGGGAGGGAGGCUCCUCCCCCGCAGAAAAGAGACUGAAUUGCUCCAUGGAACCUCCAGACUGAAGGAG